UGGAUACCCUUUCGUCCGGCAUGCUUAGUUGCGACGCCGGGUACAAAUCCCUGACGAGCCUCCACUGGUCCCAGCUCCAACACUUCCACUUCCACAGCUGCCUGCCAGUGCCCAGGUGAGAACCUCCGUGCCUCCAUGUCGACGGCGGUACCGGUUGGAGCACCAGCCAGCGACCUGCCCGCCCAGGUCGUCUCGCCGGAGGUUUCUGCCGCUCCGGCGACGGCCGACGACCAUAUAUGCGUCGUCGUUCCACGGGACACAGCGCUCGAGGACGGCGAGGGCGACGGCGACGGCGACGGCGAGGAGGAGCAGCAGCGGCGGGCCCGGUGGCGCUUCCUCUCGUCCUUCGGCCGCCUGCGCUCCAACGUCACCUCCCAGGUCGCGCUCGUCGGCACCGACGUCUGCCCCAUCGAGAGCCUCGACUACGAGCUGAUCGAGAACGACGUGUUCAAGCAGGACUGGAGGGCGCAGGGGCGGAACCACAUCCUGCGCUACUUCGCGCUCAAGUGGGCCCUCUGCUUCCUCGUCGGGGCGCUCACCGCCGUCGCCGCCUUCCUCGCCAACCUCGGCGUCGAGAACGUCGCCGGCGUCAAGUUCGUCAUCACAUCCACACUCAUGUUCGAGCGCAGGUUCGAAUCGGCGUUCAUAGUGUUCCUGGUGUCAAAUUUCCUGCUCACCAUGUUCGCCACGGCGCUGACGGUGUACGUGGCGCCCGCGGCGGCCGGGUCCGGCAUCCCAGAGGUGAAGGCCUACCUCAACGGCGUCGAUGCGCCCAACAUAUUCUGUCUCAAGACUCUGCUGGUCAAGGUUGUUGGAUGCAUUGCUGCAGUAUCAGCAUCACUGCAUGUGGGAAAAGCUGGUCCUCUGGUGCACACAGGCGCAUGCAUUGCAUCAAUACUUGGGCAAGGUGGUUCACGGAAAUAUCGGAUGACAUCUAAAUGGCUAAGAUACUUCAAGAAUGAUAGGGAUCGGAGGGACCUUGUUACUUGUGGUGCUGGUGCUGGUAUUGCUGGUGCUUUCAGGGCUCCAGUUGCUGGAGUCCUUUUUGCUCUGGAGACAGUGUCUUCACGGUGGAGGAGUGCCCUACUCUGGCGAGCUUUUUUCACAACAGCCAUCGUUGCUGUUGUGCUUAGAGUAUUAAUAGACGUCUGUAAAACUGGCAGGUGUGGCUUGUUCGGGAAAGGUGGUCUUAUAAUGUUUGAUGUUACUUCGGGUUACGUCAACUAUCAUGUAGUUGAUUUACCUCCCGUAAUCACUCUGGGAGUACUUGGAGGAGUAUUGGGGAGCUUGUACAACCUCUUCCUUGACAAGGUUCUUCGUCUUUACAAUGUUAUCAACCAGAGAGGGCAAACCUACAAACUACUCCUGGCUGCAACAGUCACCAUCUGUACUUCAUGUUGCCUCUUCGGUUUGCCAUGGCUUGCUGCUUGCAAACCAUGUCCAGUUGACUCAGAAGAAGCCUGUCCAUCAAUCGGGAGAUCUGGAAAUUUCAAGAAGUUCCAGUGCCAAAUGGGUAAUUACAAUGACUUGGCUAGCCUGCUCUUCAACACUAAUGAUGAUACUAUUAGAAACCUCUACAGUUCUGGCACCGAUCAUGAGUUCCACCUCUCUUCCAUCCUUCUGUUCUUUUUGGCAUCAUAUUUUCUGGGGAUCUUCAGCUAUGGACUUGCCUUGCCAUCUGGCCUCUUUGUGCCACUCAUUCUAACUGGUGCAGCUUACGGUCGUCUGGUUGGCAUGUUGAUUGGGUCGCGGUCAACUUUAGAUCAUGGUCUUUUUGCACUUCUUGGUUCUGCUGCCCUUCUAGGUGGAUCAAUGAGAAUGACUGUCUCAGUUUGUGUUGUCAUGCUAGAACUGACAAACAAUCUGCUCAUGCUUCCUCUGGUUAUGCUGGUCCUUAUCAUAUCAAAGACAGUGGCAGAUGCUUUUAAUGCAAAUGUCUAUGAUUUGCUUGUCAAGUUGAAAGGUUUUCCCUUUCUUGAAGGGCAUGCUGAACCCUACAUGAGGCAAUUGUCAGUUAGUGAUGUUGUAACUGGUCCUUUACAGACAUUCAGUGGCAUAGAGAAGGUCGGCCGUAUUGUGCAUGUCUUGAAGACAACCGGUCAUAAUGGUUUCCCUGUUGUUGACGAGCCACCUUUUUCAGACACUCCCGAGUUAUAUGGUCUUGUUCUUCGAGCCCAUCUGCUUGUUCUAUUGAGGAAGAAAGAUUUUGUCAGUAGUUGCACAGCUUCAGCUUCAGAUGCUUCAAAGCAUUUCUCACCUGAUGAUUUUGCUAAACGCGGUUCAGGAAAACAUGACAGAAUUGAGGACAUUGAAUUAACUGCAGCUGAAAUGGAGAUGUAUUUAGACUUGCAUCCAUUCACAAACACAUCUCCUUACACUGUGGUUGAGACUAUGUCUUUAGCUAAGGCUCUUAUACUUUUUCGUGAAGUUGGGUUGAGACACCUUCUGGUUCUUCCAAAAUCUUCCAAGAGGUCACCUGUCGUUGGCAUAUUAACACGGCACGAUUUCAUGCCUGAGCACGUAUUGGGUAUUCAUCCUUACCUGUUCAAGAGCAGAUGGAAGAAGGUGCGAUUUGGCAAAUCAGCUUUCACCAACUUCUUUUCUCACUAGCGCUAGUGACUGACUAUUUGGAGAAGUAAUCAAGUCUGAUGUAUCGGUAUUGGUAUUGAUAUUCGUAUCGGUAGUCGGACACUGCUCUCUACUCCAUCAUGGUUGACAUGAUUUCUUCCGAGACAUGUCACGAAGCAUCAUUGAGAUUGCCUUGAACAGUUCCGAGAUAACCUAGCAAAGGGAGGAUCGACAAUGUACAAAAGGGGACAUCCAAAUGACGAUCUCCGAACAUAGUUUCUUCCCCAGCUGUCUGCUAUAUGGAUCAAGCUAGCUGUAUUGCAGCAGCAGCAGCAGCAUUUCGUUGUAUCACAUGGUAGUGUAUGUUGCUCAUGAGAGGUGCCCUGAAGAACACAUACACAUGAGAGAAAUAUAGCCACAUUGUCAGGUGAAGCGGCAGCGAAAUCAGUUUAGGAUAAGCAAUUUCUAAUGGUUUCUCAUAGAUCUGAUCCCCAGUAACCGUACAUUAUGAUCACUUGACCUGUACAUGAUUUGUAUGACAAUUAAAACCCUGUGCAUUUUCUGGACU